GCGCGAUGGCUAUAUAGCGUCUCCAUCGACGGCGCCCCGUCUCAGCCGCCCCCGAGCUGCCUGACGCCCACGACCAUGCUGACAGCCACCCUCGCUGCCGCCGUCCUCCCCCUUCUCGCCGCGGCGCGCCCCUGCAGACGCGCCUCCCCGCCCUCCGAGCUUUUUUCGCCGGACAUCGCCAGCAAGGUCUCCGCCACCGCGCAGCGCGUCAUUGGCGCGGGCUCGAGCUCGUACCCGCACACGACGGACAGCAACACAGGCACGUGGAACCUCGAGAAGGCGGACUGGUGGACGAGCGGGUUCUUCCCGGCGACGGCGUACCUGCUGAACGCGCGCAAGGACAAGUGCGGCGCGUCUGAUGAUAAUGGGCUGGGUGGGGCGGAUUGGCUGGAGUUGGGAAGGGCGAUGAGCGCGGGGCUUGUACCGUUGGAAGACCACACGACGCAGGGGCACGAUGUGGGCUUCUUGAGCUUCCCGUUCAUUGAAGAGUUGAAGGUGAACUCGAGCAACGACACGGCGAAGACAGGCGUAAACAAGUUUGCCAACGCGCUAGCGGCGCGGUUCAACCCAACCGUCGGAUGCACCCUGAGCUGGGACUCAUCAAACGCGGACGAGUUCCAGGUCAUCAUUGACAACAUGAUGAAUCUCGAGGUGCUCUUCCAGUCUGCGGCGUUGACCGGAAACAACACCCUGAUUGACAUCGCGACCUCGCAUGCGAACACGACGAUGAGGAACCACAUUCGCGAGGAUGGCGGAACCUGGCAUGUCAUCGUCUACAGCGCAAGCACUGGCCAGGUCACGGCGAAGCGUACGGCGCAGGGAUAUUCUAAUGAUAGCACCUGGGCUCGCGGUCAAGCAUGGGCCAUCUAUGGCUUCGCGAACAUGUACGCGCACACGGGCAUCGAGGACUACCUCACGACUGCCCGGAAGGUGGCGGACUACUUCAUCGCGCAUGUGCCGCAGGAUGGGAUUGUACCAUGGGAUUUCCAAGCGCCCACCGACAACCGCCCCGCCGACUCCUCUGCGCAGACCAUCGCGUCGAGCGCCCUCCUUCUCCUCGCGCAGCACGAGACCGACAGCAGCAAAGCCAAGUCGUACCAGGACGCGGCUAUUCAGCUUCUCUCCGACAUCACCUCCUUCGCCUGGAAGUCAGACUGGCAGAGCCUGCUCUCAAACGGCACGGUGAACAUGCCGCAAGGUAACUCGAGGACGGGGAUUGUGUAUGGUGAUCACUAUUACAUCCAGGCGGGCUCGCAGCUCCUAGACUUGGGCCUUGCGAGCUGCUGAGGAACGAUAGAUAUCAGGAUUACGACCAACGAAAAGACAAUGCCUUGUACUACACACCAACGAUGUCGAGAAGAAUUACGACACGAAGGCACUUCCUUCACGAUAUUCGUGCACGGAUGAAGCGCAAGCGUUCGUGUCAUUAUCAGCACGUAAGACUACACGGAAUCCUCCUAGGACCACAAGAAAAUACAAUAGACGCCCAAACAAGCUAUAAACUGCUGGUGAACCACACGCUGCCCGAUCAGAGGGCUGCCUGGUCCUUUUCUUGCCUCGGCGCGAGGGCAAUGUCCUUCUCCUCCCUGAGAUCCACACCCGACGUGUUCCGCCCACGCCAUAACCAAGCCAUGACGAGCGUGAGCAGGAUCUCGAUGGCGAAGAACAUGGCCGCCAUCUGGUAGCCGAUGCGGAAGCGCGGGGCUUCCCCGGUGUU